AUGUCACCAACGCAGCAGCAACUGUCCGCUAUCUCUACCACAGAGCGUGUCUGCUCGGCGAUUUCUUUGUUCGGCGCUUUCGUGAUCGUGUCGACAUUUCUCAGUUCGUGGUCCUUUCGAAAACCGAUCAAUCGUCUUGUGUUCUAUGCUUGCUGGGGUAAUGUCAUGGCCAACGUGGCCACGUUGAUUUCUCAGUCUGGCAUUCACUCGGGCGUGGAGAAUCCUCUGUGUCAAUUUCAAGCCUUUUUGAUUCAAUGGUUCAUGCCGGCCGAUGCUUUGUGGACCUUUGCAAUGGCGUGUAAUGUCUACUUGACCUUUUUCCACAAAUACAAUUCGGAACAACUGCGUCAGCUGGAAUGGAAGUACAUGACUGGAUGCUAUGGCGUGCCAUUCGUCCCAGCUUUUGUAUACUUUUUCAUCAACACUCAUAGUCGAGGCCGAGUCUAUGGCUCAGCGAUACUAUGGUGCUGGGUCUCUCGGCCAUGGGACUUCCUCCGAAUCGCAACCUUCUACGGACCUGUCUGGCUGGUCAUCUCCCUCACAUUCGCCAUUUAUCUCCGUGCCGGUACGGUGAUCUACCAAAAGCGUCGACAACUCCAAGCAUUAGACCAAGUCGAUUCCCCCGAUGCAGAAUCGGCGCCAGCAUCAGCAUCAGCAUCAGCACCAGCCACCAGUUCACCAUCCGCCUCUCCUGCCGGAAUCCAAGUCACCCACGAGGUUGUCCUAUGUACGCCGGAACGACCGUGCUCAGUGGCUUCUAGUUACACUAGCUCCUCCAUCACUGGCGGCUCUAGCAUCCACGCUCUUGAUUGUCCCGCUCCCUUCACACCCUAUUCGGUCUCCGUCGAGGGUGGAAUUACGGACCCGAUAACAAUGUAUCUGAAUUCCAUUCCAGGACGGCCUCUUCCCCAGGCCGGCACACAUUCACGCUCGAGACAAAACUCGACCGUCUCUCAAUCCGACAUAUCUGUGACUUUGAAACACUCGCGAUUCACCGGUGCAGAAUCAAAUUCGAAUCGGCGCACGACAGCAAGAGAUGCUGGCUCGGCGGCUUGGAUUUAUACUAAAUAUGCAAUGUUGUUUUUUGUUGCAUUGCUUGUUACAUGGUCCCCAGCUCUCACAAAAUACACCAUGUCCGGAUCAAAUUCACACUCCAUACCCUCCAUAUCAACAAACACCUCCGCGCCAACUCCCGGGCUUCGCGCCUCGCGCCUCCACCAAGUCUUCGACCAGGCUCUUGCGCGAACGCUGCGCGCCAACUCCUACGCUAAUUUUGCAGGAUGUUUUCCCACGCCUGCAAAGCAUGUCCCGGCCAGUUUGGAGAGUGUUUGGCGCCAGUUGAAUGCCAAGUUGGAGGAGAGUGCGAAGGCGGAAUUCGAAGAGAUUUUGGCGGAAAGAGAGGCCGUGGCGCAUUUGAAUGAAUUGGAUCGGCUGGUUUCGGAGGCAAAGGAGCGGCGGGAGAGGGAUAAGCAGGUGGGGGAGAAUGGGGGGACGAGGGGAGGUCCUGGCAAUCCACCGCAUACACUUGGAGCCGAGGAACUUUACAAAGCGCAUUUGACACCUUAUCUCGAGGAAGCGCAGGUGAACCUGAAGCAAACACUUGAAGAAACGCAUGCGCAGAAUGCGGCGCUGGCACAAACAGUGCAAGCUCAGCGGCGUGAGAUUGAACAGCUUCUAGCGUCUCUGGAAUCCGUGGUCGGAGACAUUGAAGGAGCGGCUACGGCGGCUACAGAGUUCAGUAGGAAACAUCAUAUUCGUCAAGACGCGAUUCAAAUGGAUCGUGAAGUGAAAGCUCGGCCGGACGUUUGA